AUGAAUUCAAUAACAAAGGCUCGAGCAUUAACUAAUUUAAAUGAAAAAGAGUUGGAAAGUGGUGCAGCUAAUACGGAAAAAAGUUGGCACAAUGUUUAUCGGAAAAGUGCAUGGAUCUACGUUGGUGGAUUAGAUUUUCAAUUGACAGAAGGAGACGUUCUAUGUGUAUUUUCACAAUGGGGUGAAAUUGUGAAUGUAAACAUGUUACGUGAUAAAAAAACGGGUAAAUCAAAAGGUUUUGCAUUUAUUUGUUAUGAAGAUCAACGUAGUACAGUAUUAGCCGUGGAUAAUUUUAAUGGUAUUAAACUAGCGGGACGUCCAAUAAGAGUUGAUCAUGUUAAAGAUUAUAAACCACCUAAAGAACAUGAAAAUGACGAUGAUUUAGCUAAAACGUUAAAAGAAAAAGGUUGUGCACCUGGUGUUGUUCUUCCACCACCGUCUUCGUCAACAUCAUCAUUCAAAACAGAUCAAAUUAAACAAGAACCAAAACGUUUUAAAAGAUAA